UGAUUAUAGGCUGCCAAGACGUUUGGACUUCGUAGCCGACCUAUUUGCAUCCUUUAGAUUUUAGGUGCUUCUCCAUACAAGUGUUUCGCCUCCAACAUGGUUCUCUCGAAGCCUCUGUACUCCCUCUUUGGUAGCUAUCUGGAGCAGCUCUUCAACCAUCCGGUUAGAACCAAGUCCAUCACGGCAUGCGUCCUGGCCACUUCGGCGAACGUAACUUCGCAACGACUGGCGGGUGCCAAGACCUUGAACCAGCACAGCGUCUUCGCCUAUGGACUGUUUGGCCUGAUCUUCGGGGGCAGUGUCCCCCACUACUUUUACACCACCGUUGAAAGAUUGUUCAGCCAUGACCUCCGUUUCAGGCGGUUCUUCCUGUUCUUGUCCGAGCGUCUGGUCUACGCCCCGACCUAUCAGGCUCUCUCCCUGUUCUUCUUGGCUCUGUUCGAGGGAAAGUCUCCCCAGACGGCGAUCAAGAAUGUGGAGAAGCUUUACUGGCCCCUUCUGAAGGCCAACUGGCAGUACUUGUCCCUGUUUGUGUACCUCAACUUCGCGUACGUGCCUCCCAUGUUCCGGUCGAUCAGCAUGGCUAUUAUUUCCUUCAUCUGGGUCGUCUACAUCGCCCAGAAGCGUCGCCGAUUCCAGGAGAAACUGGCCGCCGAAAAAGCCAAGAAUUAAUCAUUCCAUCCCCUCCCGGAAACGAGGACUUUAAAGUUUGAACAACCCACAAUGGAUGUUGUCUUAGCUUAGUAUUCCGAUUAGCAUUUAGAUUAGGACCGAACUGCUUGACAUUGUUUAUCGCUUCGAGCGAAUUGCAAAGAGCAGGGUCCCGCCUAAGAUAAGCUAUUAUUACUACUCGGAGUAGGGCGCCUUAUUCACUGACUGUUAUUGAAACCCUUAUAAUUGUAACUUUUUUAAUGCAAAUAAAAAUCUGAAAA